GGCCGGGAGCUCCGACCGCCGCGGAGGGAGUCAUGGCGGAGGAGGCGUUGGACGCAGUGCAGAGGGCGUUACGAGAAUUUCCGGCCUCAGCAAGGGUCCCUCCAGGGUCUUCCCACUCAGUUCCAAUUUCGUAUCUGAAGACAUGCUCACUUUCUGAUUGCAAAGAUGACGGCCUCCCCUCCCCUUUGUGGAGACUCGGUGGCGGGGGUGGAACAGAAGCCACACAGAGCUGGAGGCAGAGACCGCUGAAGCUGGACCUGAAGGAUGAAAUUAACAAAGCCAAGCUCUGUACCCUUUAUGAAAGCCAGGGGAAGGGCCUUCCACUCCAAGUGAGCAGCAGCGACAAGCUCUGGUGCUUCCCAAGAAGAGGAUGUGUGGAAAGGGAGCUCAGCAUGCCUCUUGCUGUGCCCUACCUGGAUGAGCCCCCCACUCCACUCCACUUCUACCGGAACUGGGUCUGCCCCAACAGACCCUGCAUCAUCCGCAAUGCGCUGUGGCACUGGCCGGCCCUCCAGAAGUGGUCCCUCCCCUAUCUCAGAGCCACAGUGGGCUCCACGGAGGUAAGCGUGGCUGUGACCCCAGACGGUUACGCCGACGCCGUGCGAGGGGACCGCUUCGUGAUGCCUGCUGAGCGCCGCUUGCCCCUGAGCUGCGUGCUGGAUGUGCUGGAGGGCCGGGCCCAACACCCAGGGGUCCUCUAUAUGCAAAAGCAGUGCUCCAACCUGCAUACUGAGCUUCCCCAGCUGCUGCCUGAUCUGGAGCCUCAUGUGCCCUGGGCCUCCGACGCACUGGGAAAGAUGCCUGAUGCUGUGAACUUCUGGCUGGGGGAGGCAGCUGCAGUGACAUCUUUGCAUAAGGAUCACUAUGAGAACCUCUACUGUGUUGUCUUGGGCCAGAAACACUUCCUGUUGCAUCCACCCAGUGACCGGCCCUUCAUCCCUUACGAGCUGUACACACCAGCAACUUACCAGCUCACGGAGGAGGGCACCUUUAAGAUGGUGGAUGAAGAGGCCAUGGAGAAGGUGACUGACUGCCUCAUUGCUGGGCCCCAGGAAGGGGGAGGACCUGAUAUCUCAGGGAUGGGCGAAAGGCAAGAGUCUGGGCCCUGAGGGGCAGGCACGAAAGAUCUGGGGAGGUGGCACCUGGCUCUGAAAAAUCCCGAAACCCGGGGUUUCCCAGGGCCAAGCAGAGUACAGCCUGUGGGGUUUACCUUUGGAAAGGACAGAGCCUGAGGGUCUGGGGCUUGUUCCCUGGCAUCCACUGUGUCCCCAGGUGCCCUGGAUCCCACUGGACCCUCUGGCGCCAGAUCUGGCCCGGUACCCCAGUUAUAGUCAGGCCCAGGCCCUUCGCUGCACAGUGCAGGCUGGUGAGAUGCUCUACCUGCCGGCCCUGUGGUUCCACCAUGUCCAGCAGUCC